AUGCCGGAACAGAUCGAAGCCUUGAAGGUGAGAGUGGAGAACUCGAAGCACGUCAAGCCUUUGUAUAAAGGCGAACCGCCUCGGGCCGAUCUCUGCAUUCCGUUCAGUGUCUUCGACAAGAUCACUUGCAACAACUACAUGGCCGUCAUCUACGCCUUCGAGCCGCCGUCGCCGUCGAACUCCGACAUCGAGAAGGGCCUUGCCACCGCGCUGACAGAGUACCGGGAUUGGGCUGGCCGGCUGCGUGAGGACGCCCGGGGCGAUCCCGUCAUCCUCCUCAAUGACAGCGGGCCGCGGUUCGUCGAGGCGUCGUCCGACGCCGUGCUCGACCGGACCGUCCUUCUCGGGUCGUCGCCGGCCUUGCUCCCACUGAGUCCGUGCAUCAAAGGCGCGGAGGAGCUGUUGCUGGUGCAGCUGACGAGGUUCGCGUGUGGAACCCUGGUGUUGGGUUUCACGACGCAACACCUGAUCGCCGAUGGACACGCCGUCAGCAAGUUCCUCGUGGCAUGGGGCCUGGCUACACGGGGCCUCCCGAUGGAUCCCCGCCCCUUGCAUGACCGCGGCGCCUUCAUCCCCCGUAACCCACCUUGCGUCGAGUUCGAGCACCGUGGGGUGGAGUUCAAGCCCAAGAAGGCGUCCGACACCGAGGACCUCCCUCUGACGGUCGACAUAGUCAUCCACAAGACGCACUUCACCAGAGAAUUCCUGGAGAGUCUCAAGGCCAAGGCCUCGCUCGGGGCCGACCGGAGCUACAGCUCGUUCGAGAGCUUGAUGGCGCACUUAUGGCGAGUGGUGACCAAGGCCCGCGGGCUGGACGAGCACAUCACCAGCCACGUCCGCAUCUCCGUGGACGGUCGCGCGAGGCUGAGGCCCCGUGUGCCGGGCGAAUACUUCGGCAACCUGGUGCUGUGGGCGUUUCCCCGCGCGAAGGUGGGGGACCUCGUCAACAAGCCACUGCAGUUCGCGGCGGCGCUCGUCCGGGAGGGCAUCACGAGGUUGGACGACGGAUAUUUCAGAUCGUUCAUAGAUUUCGCGAGCUCGGAGACGGUGAAGGAGGAGGGCCUGGAGGCGACGGCCGAGGUGCACGAGAGGGUGAUGAGCCCAAACUUGGAGGUGCACAGCUGGUUGAAGUUCCCGUUCCGUGACGUCGAUUUUGGUGGUGGGAAUCCCUUCAUGUUCAUGCCAACCUACACUCGCGAGGAGGGGAUGCUGUUCUUAAUGCCAUCCGCCAUUGGAGACGGAAGCAUCGAGGUUUACGUGUCUUCGUUAAGACACAACGUGGCCCCAUUCAAGCAGCUGUGUUAUCUACUCGACUAGCUGAGCUGGUUAGGAACAAACACGCCAGCUUCCUUCCUCUGAUGUUAUCAUGUUACGAUCUCCAAAAGGGGGAAUGAAUCGCAGGUCAUUAAGG